AUGUGCGGAAAUCUCCAAGGCCCUUUUAAUAUAAAACUUUCUUUCCCUGGUAAUCGCCUAUUUGCAGUACUUAUUUUGAUCGUUGCCAAUAUCGCUUGUGUAGUAGGAUCACCCAAGCUCCAACUUAACAGUUUAUUCAUGAGUUAUGUGCCCAGGGCGGCGCUAUCACGACCCAGCCAUCAAAUAACAGGUAGAAUGACAAGAAAGAGUUUUUUUUCGGUAAUCGCCAGUUUUUGUUGGUUCCUCUUAUCGUUGUAAACCUGUCGCUGUGUGUAGGAUCACCCAAACUCCAACCC